UUCAUUUUUAAAUUUAGUAAUUACGAAAGAAAGAUGUUGUUUUACACACUGUUUGGUAGUUACUUAUUUACAUCAUUAUUUUUUUUCAAAUUCCCGACUUUGAUACAUAAAAAAAAAAAAAUCAAAUUCACGUGCCGCCACAUUAGUCACAGAGGAGGAGCCGGAGAAAGCUAUGAAAACACAAUGUGUGCCUUUAAACGACCAUUGGAAAUAGGAAAAGAAACACCGAAACUUGAUUGUCAUUUAACUAAAGAUGGUGAAGUAGUAGUUUGUCAUGAUCAGAAUCUUUUACGAAGUACUGGCAUAGAAUUAUAUAUUUCUAAGAUUAAUUUUAAAGAUUUACCUUUGCUUAAGCAAAGAAUACCUAUAGAUUUUGAACCAGGUAAAGAAUACAUUGGCUCAAAAAGCUGUAAAGAAAGAAGAUUUGCGUUGUUAAGGGAAGUUUUUGAAGCUUUUCCUUACAUUCCAAUUAAUAUUGACAUUAAAGUUAACAAUGAUGAACUUAUAUUCAAAGUAUCAGAAUUGAUAAAACAGUAUGGUCGAGAAGAGUUAACUGUUUGGGGCAAUUUUAGUGAUGAAAUAACGAGAAAAUGUUACAAUAUGAAUCCAAACGUGAAUCUUUUGUUCUCAAUGAAGAGAGUUCUGCUGUUGGUAAUAUUUGCGUACACUGGUCUUUUACCAUUUGUGCCUCUUAAAGAAACUCAUCUUGAAAUAUUUUUACCAUCAGUUUAUUUAAAGAAAAAAAAUCAUCAAAUGCCAACAUUUUUGCCGGUAGACAAAUUUUUUUUAAAAGCAAUAAAUAUCUUAUUGAUCAGACCGUGUUUGUUUUAUCAUUUACAAGCUCGUGGAAUACACGUUUAUUUUUGGGUGCUAAAUAAUGAAGAAGAUUUUAAAAAAGCAUUUGAUCUUGGAGCAACAGGUGUUAUGACUGACUAUCCUAGCAAAUUAAAAUUGUACCUUGACCAUAAUGAAAAUAAGUAAUCUGUAAAAAAAUUCUAUCUUACCGUAACAUAGAAUCGUAAGUAGCAAAGUACAUUAAUAUUUUACUGUAUUUUUCGUGUUCAAGGUCCAGUUAUUGACUCAAAUUACAGUUAUGGUUAAUAACGACUACAUAGUGCUUACAUUGUUUUGAAAUUACUAUGUAUUAAUACAAAAAGUUUAAGCAUAAUAUUGAGUAGUCUUAAUAAUCAAAUUCUUGUAGUCAGUGCGUAUUGACAUUAUAAUUAAUUAUGAUAUAUUAAUAAUUGCUAACUAAAAAAUCUGUGUGAUGUAAAUUAUAAUAGUUAGUAUUAAGUUACAAAAUUAGUAUUCAUGAAUGACACUUAAAAUAAAAGAUGGAUUUUUAACCCUAAAAGGGUAUUCAGCGUAAAUGUACAAUGCAAAAAGCACCUUUAAAGUACAGAGUUUGUUUGUAUAGGACAGUAAACCCUACAAUUGUUUUUUUUAAUUUUUAAAAUAAGAUGUUGUCAUAUACUAAAUAUUUACAUUUUCAUCCAGAUUAUUCCUACGAAUAUUACUGAAGUACAAUUAGCAAGAGUAUAUAAAAAAAUGUCUGCAAGAACUGUAUAAACUCUAGUCAUUAUGUACCUAAUAAAUUAAGAAAAAUGUACAUUUUCCACAGAAUGUAAACUCAACAUAUCCUGUUUUCUACUUAAGUAAUACUUGAUCCUUUAUAAUGUAAUAAAUUAAAAAGUGCUUAUACUUUCAAAUAUGUAACACUCAUUCAAUAGAGUUUUUGCUUUAAUAAUUUAAAAUCUUUUUCGUUUGUAUCUUUGAUAAAUCAAUUUGAUUGUUUUGUAAGAUAAGGUAAGUAUACAGUAUACAUUUUUGGACACUUGUUGAAUAUGUCCAUACUUUAUAACUUGACAUAAAUAGAUGCACGAGGGAAUCAG